UCCCAAUUCCUGGCAUUUACAGCAUUUAGCUUUAAACGUGGUUCUGUUUAGUGUGGUGGAGCGCUCGGUUCAAGUUAAUAACAAUUACGAGUGAAGGGUAUAACUCUUUGAUUACUUGCUCAGUUUUUUAAAAAUAUAUUGUUAUCAUCUCGAGUUGAACUCUUCGUUAGCGAUGAAGUAAAUGACAAUAAUUUUAAAUAAGUUGACUUCUGUAUCUGGUGUGAUAUCCAAUAGAUUGUUGCCUAUACCUUUGUUUAAAUUAUUUUCAAUGGACGACAAACGACUCGUUUUUACCCAAAAAUUUAAUCCCUUGACUGGAAAUUUGGAGUGGACAUAUUUGCCAGAAAACUAUGAUUAUGUUCAGGAGAUAUCGCGAUCUGAUUACGGUGAUAUGCUCUGGGACCAAGAAAGAAAUGUAUUGUACAACAAAGCAAUCAAAAAGUAUGUUGAGAGAUUGAUGUCGAUCAAAAAACCUACAGAGAAGAUCCGCGUAAUUGAUAUUGGAACUGGAACUGGACUCUUAUCCAUGAUGGUUUGUCGAGAAUUUGGUUCGAACUUAAAUAGAGUAGCGGUUACUGCCUUUGAAUGUUUCUCUCCAAUGGCCGAAUGUGCUGAAAAGGUGAUAAAAAGAAAUAACUUCGAUAAAAGCAUCACAGUCAUCAAUUCGAGAUCUGAUGAAGUUGAUCCAUUUGAACCUGAUGAGCGAGCAGACCUUCUCGUGAGUGAGGUUUUUGACACUGAAUUAAUUGGUGAAGGAGCCUUGAGAGUGUUCAAAGUUGCUUUGACUGAGCAAUGUAAACUCAAUCCUCUCGUUAUUCCACACAAAGCUCGCAUAUGGGUUCAGUUAGUGAAAUCAUCAUGGUUGAACAACGGACAUUGUAUGGCUCCUAAAGGAAUUUCCAUCGAUGGGAAAAAAUUAAACAUAGAAAUACCUAAAUCUAUUAUCAACUGUUAUGGAUCCAACCAUUUACAUGAUCUUCAAGCGAAUCAAUUAGAAGUGGGCAAAGAUAUUGAACUUAUUUCGGAUCCUAUGAUAGCCUUUGUCUUUGAUUUCUCUAAACCGGAUUCAUUGAAAUAUGACGACCACACAACCCUUGAGUUUAUUCUUAAGAAUUCUUUAAACUCUGAAUUUGUGAACAUUGUUUUCUGGUGGGAUUUAUUUAUGGAUGAUGAAUCUGAAUAUGUUUUAAGUUGUGCACCUUACUGGGCUCAUCCUACCAAAGACAUAAGUGGAACUAAAAAUAGGAUUCCUUGGAGAGACCAUUGGAUGCAAGCAAUUUACUAUUUACCCGCUUAUUAUAAACCAUUUGAAAUGAAUUCUAAAGAAAUUUUCAAAUUAAAUUGUUAUCAUGACGAAUUCAGCUUUUGGUUUGAUGUUGGUUCUAGUAAGGCAUCGGCUAGAUCAAAUUUUUGUUCUUGUGGUAUUCACAAUGAUUUGAGCCGCAAUCGAAUUAGAAUGAUGGCUGACGAAAGAGUUUUGUCAGUAAUUUAUCCUCCCGUUUUUAUCGAAAUUUUCGGCAAACGUGAUUUGAACAUAUUGUUUUUGGGCGAUGCUAGUCUCAUUCCAGUUUUGUUAGGAAAAGAUUUACAUGAAUCUGGCAAAGUUUAUGUAAUCAACAGAGGACAAAUGGUGAAUAAAAGAUUCUACGAAGAGUUUGGACGUACCAAUGAGAUAAUGGAUAGAUUGGUAAUUGCAGACGACAUUAGUGAUAUUGAGCAGAUACAGUUUGAUCUGAUCAUCGCCGAACCUUUCUUCAACUCAAUCAGUUUACCAUGGGAUGCUUUUCACUUUUGGUACCUGAUCGGGGAUAUGGCUGAAAGAGGAAUGGUAACAAUUAAAACAAAAAUAUAUCCAUCGAAAGGUCGAGUUGUUAUGUUACCUGUUGCUUUUGAUCAUUUAUGGAAAAUAAAAGCUGAGUUGCGAAAUGUAGAAGGAUUUGACUUGGCAGAUUUCGAUAGUUUAUUGGAAAAAGCCCGAGAACUUUGUGAUUCACCGAUAGAACCGCAGCCAUUAUGGGAAUAUCCGUGCAAAGCUUUAUCCGACAAGCCAAUCACUGUUUUUGAUUUUGAUUUUAGAGAUGAGAGGGUUACAACACGUUCUAGAUACAAUUUUACAAAAAUGAUGAAAAUCGAAAAUUCCAAUGAUUACAAUAAUUUAGGCCUAGCAUUUUGGACUGAGUACGAUUUCGGUGAUAAAAAAUUAUCAACUGGUCCAGUGGAAAAAAUUAUUUGUGAUCAAUAUAUCGAAUGGUGCAAAAAUUGGAAACAAGGAAUGGCCAUUCUUCAUUCUAGAUUCGCAGAUGAAAUGCUUAUGAAAGAUUUACUUAUAGAUUUGGAAAUCGAAUAUGAUUGUUCAUUAGGGGUCAUGAAUUUAAAAAGUCGUUUGAUCAAGGAAAAUGAAGAGACGGGAAAAAUUUUGGACAAUUAAAAUAACUUUUAUGUAAUAAAUUCCACUUAUAAUUAAACUCUUUCAACUUUUUUAUUCCCAACACCGUGCAAAGUUUUUAGCUUUUCGCGGCGAAACUUUCACACAUAUCAUUUUUGAGUAAAAGUAUCGACAAUUUACCUGUCGAUAACACUCGAUACCAAGAAAAUGCACAAUUUGAUGAUAACGACGAUUCAUGACAAUUGAAGUUACUCGAAUUUAGCGCUUUUAUUAACAAUGCCACCUGACGGGAACCGGAAAAACUGUUUAUGUUUUUAUUUUUUUCAGUUUAAUUUCCACAUUUUUUUAAAGUCUAAAAUACAUUUGUAAUUCAGUGUUAAUUUUAAAAGUUAAAUUAAUUAAUCAUGAAGAAGAAGAAUAAAGAUUUCCAAAAGACCAAAUUGAAAAUUGGUAAGAAAAUUCCUAAAAGAAGCAAUGAUACCAACACUCAGUUUAAAUCAAAGAAAAUUGUGUUAAAAGAUCAAUCAACAUUGGAAAACAAUCAGAUGGCUGUUCUUUCUCGUAAUUUAUUUUCUAACAAGCAAUUUAAGUUGCUUUGUUUGAGUAAAAUAUACUCUAACUAUUUGGAUAAAAAUGCUGUUGACGGAGAAUCAAUUAAUAUCCUAUCGCGUUUGCUGCUUGAUAAUGAAGAACAAGUGCGACAAUCAACAAUUAGGUGUAUAAAAAAGUCUAUGAAUAGAUUGAUUAAGGAAGAUCAAUCUAUUAAUCCGUUUCUAACCAUAUUGCUGACUUAUAUCAAAUGUGGCUUAACCCACAUUGACAAUGGAGUUGUUUCCGAUUCAAGUGAUAUUUUUGCAUUCAUCAUUGAUAAAUGUGAUAUGACCUCUCACCAACAGCUGAUAUUAACUUUUUUGCCUCGUCUGUCUGUUGAUUCUCAAGUAACAGCAAGAGAUUUUGAAAUAGCUGAAAAAAUUCUUCGUGCUGUUGCUAAUGGCAACACGAAAGCAGA